AUGGAGCAGGGCGAGGAGGCCCGCUGCUCUGAUGAGGAGACCUUCACUGCUGAGUAUAAGAUGAUGAUGACCCUGGGCAGAGGACAGUUUUCAGAGGUCAAACGGGCCUUUCAUAUCCCCACUGUAUCCUGGGUGGCUGUAAAAAUUCUUAGAAAUCAGAAGAAGUAUGCCUCGCUUAUCAAGAGUGAAAUCAACAUCAUGAAAUCCCUUACCCAUCCCAACAUAAUUAAAUUGUUUCAUGUGGUCCAGACCAGAGAGACCACCUACCUGGUGAUGGAGCAUGCUUCAGAGGGAGACCUGCUGCAUCACAUCCUGGACCUGGGGCACUUAGAGGAGAGCAAGGCUCGAAGGCUGUUUACUCAGAUACUGCAUGCAGUGCAGUAUUGCCAUGAUAACUUUAUCAUCCACAGAGACAUAAAGGCCCAAAACAUCCUGCUCGACCACAAGGGUAAUGCCAAGCUAUGUGAUUUCGGCCUCUCGGCUAAGGUCAUCCCUGGGCAGAAACUUGGUGAUUUCUGUGGCACUUUACCUUACUGUGCCCCAGAACUCUUUGGAAAGGAGGCAUAUGAUGGCCGUGCCACUGAUAUUUGGAGUUUAGGUGUGCUCCUCUUCUUCAUGGUGACUGGGCGCUUUCCCUUCAGUGCUUACUCUGAUGUGAGGGUGAUACAGCAGAUCCUUGAUGCAAACUUCAGGGUGCCUCCCUAUGUUUCCGUUGAUAUUCGUGAUGUCAUCCUCAAACUGCUGAUUAAAAACCCCUACAGGAGGCUCACCAUAGGCCAAAUCAUGAGGCACCCCAUGGUCAGGAACAGUGAGGCCCAUUCACCGCCUACUUUCCCACAGUCUCUCCCAGGCACCCUGAGCCCUGGCAUUGUCAGGGCCAUGACAAUCAUGGGGUACAAAUCCGAAGAAAUCAUUGAGUCCCUGAGAGACCAGAAAUACAACCAGGUGAUGGCCACUUACCUAAUUCUACAGCACCAGUCACCCAGGGGAGACGGCUUCCAUCACCAGGAGAAACCCAUGAGAGCCAUGCAGUCAGGCCUUGUCCUCAACCUGGCAGAUCUUCACACUUUCCCUGUGUUCUUAUGGAGAGCUACCAAGCCUGCUCGCCCCACCUUCACCUUGCCACCCAAGACCAAUGAGAAAGAGGAGAAGAGUGCCAGGCAGGGUGGCACAAGGCACAGCAUGUCUGCCGCCUUGUGCUGCCAGCCAAAGAAGACCCACCCUCCCCACCUACCCCAUCUGGGCUGUCCUGUGGCUGAUUCUCUCGUGGGCAGCAACCUGGAAAUCACUGAGUAUUUCACACAGACUGAGAUCGGGUCACUCAGCAGCCACAUGGCCAGUGUCCAGCCACCUCACUUUCUGGACACUUCAUCUCCUAGGCCACACCAGAGUGAGACUACAGGUGACAGAGACAACAACGUGUCCUCCUGCAGCUCCCAGGAGGAACUCUGCAGCUCCCAGGAGGCAUCUCAGUAUUUCACCCCCACAGGCUCCUUCCUUUGGGAUACACUGCAGGAAGAGACCAUCACCCAGGGAUUGACUACGACCCAGGAAGGGACCAUGGCCCAGGAUAAGGCCAUAACUCAUGAAGUGACCAUGACCCAGGAUGAGGCCAUAACUCAUGAAGUGACCAUGAGCCAGGAUGAGGCCAUAACUCAUGAAGUGACCAUGAGCCAGGAUGAGGCCAUCACCCAUGAAGUUACCAUGAUCCAGGAUGAGGCCAUCACCCUUGAAGUGACCAUGAGCCAGGAUGAGGCCAUAACUCAUGAAGUGACCAUGAGCCAGGAUGAGGCCAUCACCCAAGCGACCAUGAGCCAGAAUGAGGCAAUAACUCAUGGAGCGACCAUGACCCAGGAAGGGACCAUGAACCAGGAUGAGGCCAUAACUCAUGAAGUGACCAUGAACCAGGAUGAGGCCAUAAAUCAUGAAGCUACCAUGACCCAGGAAGGCACCAUGAACCAGGAUGAGGCCAUCACCCCAUGA